GAAUAUCAAAACAAACACCGUCAUAACCGGCGGUUUUAAACAAAUGUCGUUUAUUUAAAAUAACAAGUCAAACGAGGAAACAAGACAAACUACUAAAUUAUGUUUAAGAGGAAUGUGUGUUCGUGUCUGAAUCGAUCACUGUAGUGAGGAUGACCAGGGGCAGAUGGCAGGAUCGUGUGAAAGCGGUGGAGCAGCGGACUCUGUCCUAUCAAGCCGCCCCCAUCUGCUGCCCGUAUAAGACUCGUCUGUCUCGGCCGUGGCAGCCCACCUCUGUGUGGAGACUGUUCCCCCGCCAGAAGGAAGCCAUUGCCUUCAGCCAGCGGUGCAAACAGGAUGUGCACAUGUUUGCUCUGGAGAAAGAAGGCACAGAUGCAGGUCAGAGGAUUUAUCUAGUGACCAGCUACUGUGAGCUCUGGCAUUACUACAGUUCUCACAGACAGUCACUGAUGCACUGCUAUGAGGUGAUUCCUGAGGGUGCUGUCUGCAAGCUCUACUUCGAUCUGGAGUUUCACACAGCAUCCAAUGCCAACCUGGAUGGUAAAAAGAUGGUGGCAUCAUUAAUUCAGUAUGUGUGUGCGAAGCUGGAGGACGUGUACGGUCUACACUGUUCUGCUAGAGACGUGCUGAAUCUAGACUCCAGCACAGAGGAGAAGUUCAGCCGCCACCUCAUCUUCCUGAUGCCCAGUUGCGCAUUCAAAGAUAACAGGCAUGUUGGCCGGUUUAUCCAUGACAUACUGAAACCUGCACUGAAUCAUCUUGGAAAUAGCUCUGAAGCUGUGCCUUCAGCAGGAACCACUCCAGAGGAGGUUGAUGGUCUCAGUGAUGGACCUGAGUCAAAGAGAAUCAAACAUGAUCAGAAGCAAGAAGAGGAUCUGAGUUUUCUAAGAGUAAAGAGCAAGGACGGGCAAGAUCAGCUCUUUGUGGAUCUAGGCGUGUACACCAAAAACCGAAACUUCCGCCUGUACAAGUCGUCCAAACUGGGAAAGAACGCCGCUUUUGCUGUGGCUGAGGAUAACGAGUUCAUCCAGAAACCUGACAAGCACGCCACAGAGGAGGAACGCUUAUUUCUGGCGUCUUUAUUAACCAACAUCAGUUUUACAGGGCAGAGGAUUCUGACAUAUGAUCUUCCAGAACGGACUUCAGAUGGAUCUCAGGGUUCUGUUCAGCACAAAGGCCUGCAAAGCAAAGAGCUUGCAGGUGAACAGCAGUCCUCACCUUACAAAGAGCUGGAUGACUUUGUUCUGAAGCUGGUCUGCAAGGAGGACAUCCAAGGGAGUAUCAGACGCUGGACGUACUUUGUAUCUGAUCAGCUGCUGGUCUACGACAUUGGGAAGUUCCGCUGGUGUUAUAACGUGAACCGCUUCCACAAGAGUAACAACAUCAUGAUAGUCAUAGAUCUGAAAGAAGAGGUUUGGUAUCAGAGGUGUCAUGAUCCUGAGUGCAGAAAACAGAACUACAGAUCCUCUAGUUUCCCACUUCCACAAGAGGUCUGCAUGAGCUACAUGCUGAAGGAGGACGAGGAGGAUCAGGCGUUUCUGAUGGACGAUUUGGGCAACAUCGAGUUGAGUCAGAGACAUGUUCCUGCAUCUGUUCAAGAAAUGCAGGACACAGAAGGAGCCACUUCAUGCCCUCCGAUGGGAAUCGAACAGGACUGGGAAGAUGACGAUGCCUCGUUCCUUGAGGCUCUAGAUGAAGUAGAGAGGAGCAUUGAGGAGGAAGAGGAGAUUCCUGAUGAGCUCCUGAUCCAGGCAGUGACUGAGUGUGAAGCUCAUAAUAAUAAUAAUAAUUAAAAAUACUAUUAAGUGACCGUU